GGCUAAAACAUGGCGAACUUUUCUAACGAUCCCAAUCGAUCGUCUGGCAGACGUUAUGAAAGGAGAGUAUUAGAGAGUAUUGGACAGAGUAUCUCUGUCCAAAAACGUGAAGGAGAACUCUAAGUGAUCGAUAGAGAGGAAAGAAAUCUUCAGCUGCUCGUUCAUUUUCUUCAAACGUUCACUUUAGUAUGGCGGCCGUUUCUUUGUCGAAUUGCUGGACACUCAAUUUAUAUGAAUGCUACUCCCAGUUCUAGGGAGUCAUUGAAAAUUGAUGAACAGCAGCUUGACCUUUACAUUGAGAGAAUAAUAGAAGCUGCUGCAUCAAGCUUGGGGGACGUUGUUGUAAGGGUAUCAAGCAGCACUAAACAGUCAGAGAAAGAUUUUGGUAAUAGAAGUGCAUCAUCUUUAAAUGUGUUUGGAAUCUUGACAUCAUCCUAUAGUGAAGUGACACCAAGUGAGAGUCUUACUGCAGUCUGUGAGCCUGUGGGAGGAACUCCAGUCCAUGCCCCCAGUCAAGAAGUCUUUGAGCCUGGAGGAGGGACUCCAAUUCCAGCUCAGAAAUAUGAGGCCUCCCCAGCAAUUGAUGCCCCCAGUCAAGAAGUGCUUGUUCAGGAAAGCUCUGACCCCCCUGUUGAUCAACCUCCCCAGUCCCCAUCAUCACCUGAGCCCAGUGGAAAGAAGAUUGGAAGUAGAAAGUUCAAUGGAACUUGCAUUUGAAAUCCUGCUGGUUCAAAUGGCCAUGAAAGUCUUCAGCGGUUAGGCCAACAACAGAGGACAUUGAGAAAGGUAAAUUGUAAUGUAACUAUCUUUGUGGUGAAAAAUUUAAGGCAAUAACAUUCUAUCAUGCUCAGGGUUUUUACUGACAGUAA